AAAUUGUGUUUUUAGUUUUUGUCUGCUUUAAUGGAAGAUUGAUUCUAUGGCACUGUUCAAGUUCACUCUACCAACCUUCCAAAUUCGAAUAUUAAACAAUAGCCGGCCGCAACCUAUGCAUGCUUGCUACGUGUCUCCAUCCUUUUGUCUUAAGCUGUUGAAGUCAUUCUCCAAUGGCCAUAAACUUAAAUAUGUUCUGCACCAAUUACAGACCAGCUUGCUUCUAGCAUUCACAAGCUGAAGCCAUGUUCAAUUUCCACAAAAGUCUAUGCCUUCUAUGUUUCCUCUUGCUAUCCUCUGAUGUUUCACUGUCUUUAUCUGCUUCACUCAGAGACUUCACUUAUUGCUUGGAUAAUCACAAAAUAAAAAACUUUACCACCUUCCCUUACAAAGAACAUGACCAAUCCUCUGCCACUAAUUACUUCAAAAUUCUCAAUUUUUCCAUUCAAAACCUUCGGUUUGCAGAACCUGUGAUUCCUAAGCCAAUAGCUAUUGUACUGCCAGAGAGUUUGGAGCAGCUACAGAAAAGUGUAGCAUGCUGUAGAGAAGGGUCCCUGGAAAUCAGAGUAAGAUGUGGUGGACAUAGCUAUGAAGGGACUUCCUCUGUUGCUGAUGAUGGUACUCCUUUUGUCAUUAUUGACAUGAUGAAUUUGAACCAUGUUCGGGUGGAUACGGAGACAGAAACAGCAUGGGUUGAAGGUGGUGCAACAUUGGGAGAGACUUACUAUGCAAUCUCUCAGGCAAGCAAUAUACAUGGAUUCUCAGCUGGGUCAUGUCCAACUGUUGGAGUUGGAGGACAUAUUGGUGGUGGGGGAUUUGGGUUGUUGUCUAGAAAAUAUGGACUUGCAGCAGAUAACGUGGUGGAUGCCCUUCUUGUUGAUGCUGGUGGACAAUUGUUUGACCGUGAAUCCAUGGGAGAAGAUGUGUUUUGGGCUAUUAGAGGUGGUGGUGGUGGUCUUUGGGGGAUCAUUUAUGCCUGGAAAAUCAAGGUGUUGAAAGUGCCACAAAUUGUAACUAGUUUUGUUGUAUCUAGAACAGGCACAAAAAGUCAUGUUGCCAAGCUAGUGCACAAAUGGGAAUAUGUGGCACCCAACUUGGAAGAUGACUUCUACUUGUCAUGCUUUGUUGGUGCUGGCUUGCCCCAAGCUAAAACUAGAGGGUUAUCAGCAACAUUUAAUGGCUUUUAUCUUGGUCCAAGGGCCAGUGCCAUAUCCAUCCUAAACAAGGAUUUUCCUGAAUUGGAUAUUGUAGAGGAAGAAUGUAUAGAAAUGAGUUGGAUUCAGUCAAUUGUUUUCUUCUCUGGCCUAGGUGAUGGAACUUCGGUCUCUGACUUGAAGAAUAGGUAUCUUCAAAAAAAAGAAUAUUUCAAGGCCAAAUCAGAUUUUGUAAACAAGCAUGUUCCUCUUAUGGGCAUAGAGACUGCACUGGACAUCCUCGAAAAGGAGCCUAAAGGAUAUGUUAUUCUGGACCCUUAUGGUGGAAUGAUGCAUCAUAUAAGCAGUGAAUCUAUUGCUUUUCCCCACAGAAGAGGAAACCUGUUCACAAUUCAGUACCUGAUCUAUUGGAAGGAAGCUGACAAUGACAAAAGCAGUGAUUAUAUUGAUUGGAUAAGAGGGUUCUAUGCUGCCAUGACUCCCUUUGUUUCAUGGGGUCCAAGGGCUGCAUAUAUUAAUUACAUGGACUUUGACCUUGGAGUAAUGAAGCGGAUUAGGAAUGGUGCAAUUAUGAAAGAUGAUGUGGAAAAUGCAAGAGUUUGGGGUGAAAAGUACUUCUUGAGUAACUAUGACAGACUGGUGAGAGCCAAGACUCUGAUUGAUCCUAACAAUGUUUUCACUAAUGAACAAGGCAUUCCACCCAUAUCUUUGGCUAGUCCUAAUGUCAAAUCACUCAGCAUAUGAAAUAAUGCCACAUUUGUAAAAGGGAUUGCCAAACUCAUUUGGAUUAUGUGAUAUCAUUGUGAUUCCGUCUAUCAGUAAGGAAAACGCAUUUCAUUUUAGAUUGUGCUUCAAUCGCAGGUAGUAACUACAUCAGUCUAGCACUAGCCAGAAAGAUUGGAUAUGGACCAUGUGAUUGUGCUAACUACUACGGAUUCAGAUUAUGGCACAUAUGUGGGGUGGUUGAAACAUGAAAUGAAAUAGUUCGCAA